CAUUUGAGCCGCUUUGCGACUACUCUCCUUCGCUCGUUCCCUGUUUCUUCCUUCUAUCCUCUACAGCGGAGCUUGAACUCAAGACACGAGCUUCUCUUCCUUGUAAGAUACGUGGCAGAGGUAGCCAUGACGGUUUCCGGGAUUUAUCGUCCUCCUCUGUUCAGUAUAGCCCCAAUGAUGGAAUGGACCGACAAUCAUUACAGAACUUUUGCACGUCUCAUAACAAAGCACGCAUGGCUUUACACAGAGAUGUUAGCUGCUGAAACCAUUGUUUACCAAGCAGGAAAUCUGGACAGAUUCUUGGCAUACUCUCCGGACCAGCAUCCUAUCGUUCUUCAAAUCGGUGGUAGCAACUUGGAAAAUCUGGCCAAAGCAACCAAACUUGCUAGUCCUUAUGGCUAUGAUGAGAUUAAUUUCAAUUGUGGAUGUCCGAGCCCAAGAGUAGCUGGGCGUGGUUGCUUUGGUGCUCGUCUUAUGCUAGAACCGAAGUUUGUAGGAGAGGCUAUGUCUGUCAUCGCUGCCAAUACCAAUGCAUCCGUCACUGUUAAAUGUCGGAUUGGUGUUGACAAUCACGAUUCAUAUAACGAGCUUUGUGAUUUCAUCUAUAAAGUUUCUUCACUAUCUCCAACUAGGCAUUUCAUCAUACAUUCACGAAAGGCAUUGCUGCGAGGUCUUAGCCCGACCGAUAAUCGGCGAGUUCCUCCCUUAAAAUACGAGUACUUCUAUGCACUUUUGCGUGAUUUUCCAGAUUUGAAGUUCACGAUAAAUGGAGGCAUAAACUCCGUGGUUGAGGCAAAUGCUGCAUUGAAGGCGGGAGCUCAUGGUGUUAUGGUCGGCCGGGCUGCAUACAACAAUCCAUGGCAGACCUUGGGACAUGUUGACACUGCAAUUUAUGGAUCUACAAGCAGCGGAAUUACCCGGCGACAGGUUAUCGAGCAAUAUCAAGUCUAUGGAGACUCUGUUCUCGGAAAAUAUGGGAAAGGUCGGCCAAGUCUCCGUGAUAUCGCGAAGCCAUUACUCAACUUCUUCCACUCGGAGCCCGGGAAUAGCCUGUGGAAGCGUACAGCUGAUGCUGCUCUCCUGCACUGCACGACGGUGAAAUCGUUCUUGGAGGAAGCUCUGCCAACAAUACCUGACUUCGUUCUCGAUUCAUCGGUUGUGAAAGAGCAAUCUGGCCGUGAAGACCUUUUUGCCGACGUACAACGUCUGUUGCCUCCUCCGUACGAAAGAACAGAACAGAGCAUCGUCCAACAUGUUUAUUAGUUUUGCCUGAAGAAACGUAUAAUUCUUGAUAAGAAAGAUACAUUGCGUAUUUUUGUCAAAACAAUACUUUUACACCUUGAAGUUUUUUAAUUUUAAAUAAAAUAUGGUUCUUGAUUAGAACACAUUAUUUAA